GCAGCCGUUACAGCAAGCCAGCCCCCUCGAGAGGCAGCGGUCGCAGGUAUGAACCUAAAAAGGGGGGGAGCGGGAGCAACUCCCCCUCCUCCCCCCGAGGGAUCCGAAGCGGAAACUGAGGCGCGAGGCACUUCUCGCUCGCUGGGGAAAGCUGCGGCGCGCGCCUUAGCUGCUUGGCCGCCGCUCCCCGCAGCCCUUGCCGCUCUCGCCUCCUGGCUGGGCAGGAGAGCUCAGCCUCCGCCGCUGGGCGAACGGCAGUUGGUGCGGAGAAGCGCCCGGUCACUCACUCCACUUUGCUGCCCGGCCAUCGCAAUAGUAGCAGCGCGCCAGCCAUGAUUUGUGGACGGCCACACAGUCUCAGCAGCCUCGUCCUCUUCUUGUGCCUAGCGACCGGGCAAGAGUUGCAGGCUUCCCAGAACUGCAUGGCAAAACAGCAACUCCUGGCUACUAUCCGGCAAAUGCAGCAGUUUCUCAAAGGCCAGGAAACACGAUUUGUUGAGGGACUACGCAUCAUGAAACACCGACUCACAACUCUGCAGAACACUGUGACUAAAGCCAUCCCAGACCCACAAACUGUGUUUUGUUCUACAUUGGAAGCUCCGAUGAAUGGCAAAAAAUUUGGCACGAAGAAUUUGGUGGAUCAUGAAGUCCAUUUUACCUGUGAUCCUGGAUUUCAGCUUAUUGGUUCCAGUUCUCGAGUGUGUCAGCCAAACGGCAGCUGGACUGGAAAGGUUCCACACUGCAAAGAUAUUAGUCUGUGCACAAAUCAUCAGUGCCAGAAUGGAGGAACAUGUACCGAGACAGGUGACCAGGUUCAAUGCAUUUGUUCACAGGGAUGGACCGGCCCCAACUGCCAGUAUCAAACCCAGACAGUACCUCCAGCUUGGAGAAUAAAUGACCCAGCUUUCAGUCGCAAGCCGCGCUGUGCCCAGUUAGAUCGAAUGCAACAUUGCAGCUGUGAAGCGGGCUUCCAUAUGAGUGGCACUGCAGAAAACAGUAUUUGCCAGGAUGUGAAUGAAUGUGAAAUUUACAAGCUGGAGGGAGCCCCUCGUCUCUGUAUGCAUGCUUGCAUCAACACUCCUGGCUCAUACCACUGUUCCUGCCCCCCUGGAUACAAGCUCUUCAACAAUGGGAAAAACUGUGAAGAUAUAGAUGAAUGUGCACUCUCAUUGCACAGCUGCACUAGGGGAACAACAUGCAUUAACAUCGGAGGAAGCUUUCAGUGUGUCAAGCCAGAGUGUCCCCAGACUGGUGGAAAUGUCAGUUAUGUGAAAACAUCACUCUUUCAAUGUGAACGGAAUCCAUGUCCCAUGGACAGCAGAUCAUGCCAUCAAGCCCCCAAGACGAUCUCCUUUCAUUAUCUCCCUCUGCCAUCCAAUCUUGCCACUCCCACUCCUCUCUUCCGCAUGGCAACUGCUUCGGCCCCUGGACGGCCUGGUCCUGACAGCUUGCGGUUUGGGAUUAUAGGAGGAAACAGCAGAGGACAUUUUGUGAUGCAACGCUCAGACAGACAGACUGGAGAACUCAUGCUGGUACAAAGGCUACAGGGGCCUCAGACCAUAACAGUGGAGGUUGAGAUGUCCGAGUACCUGGACCGCACCUUCCAAGCUAAACAUGUUUCCAAAAUUACCAUCUUUGUAUCAGUUUAUGAGUUUUAAAAGAGGUUGGUUCAGCAUGGGAGGAAAAACAAUUUUUCAUCAGGAAUUUUUCUUUGGUUUCACCAUUGGCUCCCAUGUCAAAGGAUCCAGAAUUAAGAAUGGCAUCAAGCAUGGCUUGGCUUUCUCACGUGAAUUGACAUCGUCCAUUUCUUUUCAGCAUUGCUGGCAUAUAGUCUUUCUGCUUCUAUCCUAGCACAGUUUUAGAUGAUCCGAAGCCCUUGAAAGUAGGUGAGAAUAGCAGUGUAACCUACUACCAAUUAUUGUUGCUCCACCACACUUUGUACCCCAUCUAGCUUCAACUUGCCCUUUGUGAGCCAAUGCAGCAUAUUGUUCAUAUACAGUAGACAGCCAGACCUUAACAAGGCUACCUGCAUUCCAGAAGACUCUAAGAAAGAAUGAAUAUAGGAUCCCUCUGUGUACAAUGUACCUAAGCAACAGUAUUAUCACAAUUAAAGAUGUCAUUCCUAGUUUGUAACAUUGCUAUAUAAUAAAUGUUGAUUUGCUUGGAAAACAGAUACCUAUCAAUGGAUAAAUUAUGGAGGUAAAUCUGAUUUUUAUCAGACUUCUUUCCUAAUAAAUGCAUGUUCGACUAGAGCAGCAUUUCUCAACCUUGGCAACUUUAAGAUGUCUGGACUUUAAUGUCCAAAAUUGUCCAGCCAACAUCUUAAAGUUGCCUAGAUUGUGAAAUAGUAGAAUAGGUUACAUAUUUCCCUAACAGAAGUGUUGUACUUCAGGAUCAUAAUGUUUGGAAGAAAUUAAUAUCUGCCCCAAAUUCAAUGCUAUACUCCAGAACUCAAAUUGAAAGUUUCCAUUUUUAUCUCUGAAAGAACAACUUUCAGCAAGGUUUUGAAAAUACCAGUUUUUCAGCCUGGGUUAUGUACUUCAUUUAAUGCCAUUUAAUAUUAUAGCAUUACAAAAAGUAGUAUUUUACACUAUUUUUUGCAAUCUAGUAACAUUAAUUUAGCAUAAGUUUUACUUUUGUUUGUUAGCCAAGAAAAUUAGCAGUAUAAGAACGUGUUUGUGACUCCUUCAGAAAUUUGAUUCUGCUCUACUAUAAUGAAAAUAUUAUUUCCUUUCAAAUAUUUUCUUUGGGCAAAGAAAUGUAGGGGAAAAGGCACUUAUUAAAUACAUUUUUUGUAUUUUUCAAUGAAAUUUUUAGAUUUUCUUUUUAUUUUUAGAUAUACCUCUUGGAACUUGAUCACAGAAAUCUAUCUAUUCAGUCAAAAUUGUUUGCAUAUUUAGUCUCCAGGCUAGCUUUUUGGUGCAUAAAUAAAAAAGAUUCUCUAUAACUACCAAUAACAAUUUCAGUAAACUUUAGAAGUUUGUAAAUAUAAAUAUAAAUAUAUAAUCAGCUUUCAAGUUACAAUUGAAAUAGAAGGCUGCUGAAAAUAAAAUCACAACAGAACUACCAGUGAGAACUAGAUGGGAAAGCAAAUCUGGGCCAACAAUACAAAAUGUUUAAAAAAAAAAAAAGAUCGAUGUUACUUCUAGCUGUUUUAUCUCUCUUCACAUAUCUAAAGAACUCUCAAAUUUGUUUUCUGUCAUUCAAGAGAAUAGAAAAUGAGCCAAUAAUCCUUAUUUAUAAAGAAUAAACAAUAAAACUGUCAGGCAAAAUUCCAUUCCAUCUGGAAGGACAAAAUAUUUACAUUUAUUAUUUGGUUAUUUUAUUUUACUAUCUAUUAGAUUUUAUUUGUGUGUUCCUUUGAGAGGAAUUCACAAGAAUAAUAACCUAAUUAUGUUUAGGCUUUAUGUCUUUAAAAAGUCUAAAUAAACCAUUUAUUCAUUCUUCUGGAAUGCUUGCUUAAUAUUUAGCUGUGGAAUGUAAUUUCAAAACUCAUCAGCUUAUAUCAAAAGACUACCGCAGCAAUCUAUUUGUCAUGAUCUAGCAGGGCCAGGUCAUGCAUGGAAAAACAUUUCCAUGCCAAAUAAUUUCAUUGCAGAAAUGGACUCCAGCAAUGCAUAUCCAUUACUAAACAAUCAUCCCUGAAUGAGUUAAGGAUUCAGAAAAAUUGAAUCCAGGCAAUUGUAUUUGUUUUUCCCCCAUCUACUCUGUGCAUAGUUUGCAAGUAUUAGGGCUAUGUAGCACUAUGGAUGCAUAGUGGUGCUUUUAAUGCACAAAAGCAUGAGUCUAUCUGCAGUCUUAAGCGACCAUGUCUUUUCCUGAGAUUACACAGCUGUCCCUUCAGCUGCCACAUCAAAAGAUUUUGCUAUCUAAACAGUUGAAAAUAUGUAUUGAAUUCUCUGCAUUCAAUGAAUUUUUCUGGAAGUUUGAGCCUCCAAGAUAGUGUUAAACUCCUAUACCCUAUUGAAAGGUAUAUAUGUUGAUUAAGAAAGAUUUCUUACAUCAAGCACCUAGCCCACAAUUUUCUCCUGUGCAGAAGGAUCAAGGAUUCACUUUAUGGAGAAAUAAAAAUUCAAGAUUAAAAUCAUAUUGUCUGCUCU